GGUCUCAGCCGGACGCGCGCUCCACUCUGCCGGUCGGGCCGCCGCUUCCGCCAUUGCCUCACAACGCGCGGCCGCGCGGCGCACUUUCGCCACGGACGCUCGCGGCACGGAAUGCAGUGACGCGUUACGCCGUGAUCGACCGGCGUCACGCGGCGGGUCAGCGGCGCCGCGUGAUCUGACCUGUCACGCUGCGUGGCGUCACGUCGUGACCCCGAGUCGCACACGCGUGUCGAUGGCGCCGCAUAAAAGGCGCGGCCGGACCCGAGAGCGGCAAGUCACAACCGAGCUCGGCUCGCAACAGACGCACUCAACAUGAAGGCUCUGUCACUGCUCGUCCUGCUCUGCGCGUUCGUCGCCCUCUGCCAGGCCUCGCCCGGGGGCUACGGUGGCUACGGAGGCGGCGGGUACGGCCACAAGAAGUACGGCGGGUAUGGCGGUGGCGGCUACGGAGGGGGCCACAAGAAAUACGGCGGCGGGGGCUACGGUGGCGGCCACAAGAAGUAUGGCGGUGGCGGCUACGGCGGUGGCCACAAGAAGUACGGUGGCUACGGCGGCGGCGGCUACGGCGGUGGCCACAAGAAAUACGGUGGCUACGGCGGCGGCGGCUAUGGUGGUGGCGGCUACGGUGGCGGCCACAAGAAAUACGGAGGCUACGGCGGUGGCGGCUACGGCUACCACUAACGCCCCCACCGCUGCCGGUCGCUAAGCCGGCGGCGUCGCAGCCUCCUCCAUCUCCCCUGCCCCCAUCCCCACAGACAUGACGCUGGAGUAGCUUCCGAAGUGGACGGACUCGCGUCAGGCUGCCCGCCAGUCGGCCUUCCUUUACCACAGCGUUGCGGGGUGAUUGGCGCCGUGUGGGCUCGCGACCGCACGCACCAGCACCCCGCACGCGCAACGGUCACGUGCAGAGACCGUCAUCCAGUACGCCACGAGCUUUUGACGGUGCAAUUCAGUGUUGGUGCUUUCUGCGAGCUGUUGUGCUUCAAACCCCAAACCAUGCGACCUCAAAUACAUGCAGGUACUGCAACCGGA